GGGUCUGAUCGAUCUCUCUUUCGUACUUACCUCUGUCAUCAAGAGGGUAAAGACCAUCAUAUAAGGCAGCGACAUGGUGAUAUGCCUAUAUGUUUUGUUAUGCUGGUUGUUGCUUGUUGAUUGAAAGGGUUGAGCGUGUACACGCGUGCACGAAUGGGCUGUGGUUUGAGGGAGAGAGGAAGGAUGAGCAAGCAAGCAAGCAAACAAAAGAGAGGAUCGUUCUUUCUCCCUCGUGGGUUUUAUGCUUCCUCAACCAGCUCGUGCUUCCUGUGCCAAGACCACCUCGACUUCGAUGUGACGUGGCACAGCGGAUUCACGCUCUUUUUCAUGUUCGACAUGUUUUGUCCGAACUGGGCCAAGCAAUUGAGAGCAUCCUCAAUGUAGUAUUUCACUUUACAAAGCAUUGCUGGCGACUCCUCCACAGCGAAGCAAGGACAAGGCUAACACGCGCAUCCGUCUUGGCUUGGCUUGGCUAUCCCUUCCCUUCCACAUCCCCCUUGGCACACGAUCGUCUCGGCCAUGCACAGACCAACAAAGACAGAAAAACAUAGUUUGAUUCCAAUGGGUGUUUAUUAUGAAUGAAUAGAUCGAAUGCAAUAAAAGUGUAU